CAGGGCGUUUGGAUUUCUCUAGAGUGGGGGGGGUCCUGUUCAUUUUUGCGCUGUGGCGAUCUGAUAGGAAUCCAGGGCCGGUUAAGUCGGACAGUUGCAACUAUUUUCUGUGGACACUGCAGCGGUUCAAUUCCCCUUUGUUCCAGAAGGACAGAGAUUGGCUGUCUCUAAACGUCUGGCACUUUAGGAUAGAGCAGUGUGGGAAAAAACUCAUUUCGUAUUCUUUUUCAGAAUCUGUAUUUUUAGCCUUCUGGGAUGUCUUGUAGAGUUUGAAACAGAAGCCCUUUGGAGAUGCUUGCCUCUAUAACUACUUGCAUAUUGAACUCCAUAUUGUGAAGUGGUUGGUUCCACUAGGGACUACCAGGCUUAUCCGGACUCAAAGCACUGACCACUUUUUCCAACCUCCUCUGUGGGUCCAGUAAAGAUUGGAUGUUACUGCCGAUUCAUGGAAUAAGAAGCCAGGUCACGGGAAAACGAUUUUGGGCACACGUUAUCUUGCCCUACUUUGUCUGCACAGCCUCCUCUUGUUUGUCAGCUUUGUGAUUGUAUGAGGACAUCAUCGGCACAUAGCGGAGUGUUCCCGUUAUCAGGCCUCACUCGUGGCAUCUGGCGAAGCUGUCGGAGCCCUCCAGCACUGCAGCCCCAGACGCUCCUCCUGCCAUGCAGCUCCACCCGGUGCCCUUCAGCGUACCGUGGCACUCCGGGGGUGACAACAGUGACCUGUCCAUGCAGUGGAACCAGCUGUCCCGACACUGCAGCACUGACCGCAGCAGCUCCCUGGGCAGCAUGGAGAGCCUGGACCCUCCCAGCCAAGGCUACUACGAGAGCCAGCUGUCCCCCGUAGACCCCGCCAUCUUCAACAACAAGAGGGACUCGGCCUACAGCUCCUUCUCGGCCAGCUCCAACACCUCCGACUAUACGGUGUCCCUGCGGCCAGACGAGGCCUGCUCCAUGGACAACCUGCUGCACGGCCUGGGCAGGUGCACUCUCUCUGCCGAGGAGGCCGGCGUGAAGUCUCACUCCCUCUCCCGGCUGCCCGAGGCCCAGGUCAGGCCAUCCUCCUAUGCCUACGAGGGGGAGCGGGGCGGAGGUGGAGGUCCACCCCAGCCUCCUGCACGCAGGGACAGCUUCAGAGCCACACGAGGUCGCCCGGACAAGCGCUGCACCUCUGCUCCCGUAGAUAUCCUGAGCCUGUCGAGCUGUCGGGCAGAGGACCCGCUCAAGACCCCAGGCCAGAGCGAGAGGGGGUGUCCCUGCGAGGCUCGGGGGGAUGUGGUCAGCAGGGGGAACAGGACUGAUCAGUACUACAUGCUCAGCUCUCAGCUGGAACCCUGCCGCGACUGCAACCGAGCUAGAGAUCACAAGGAGGAAGUCCCAGUUGCCAAUCUUACUGUCCCCGAGAGAACCUCCCCGGCCUCCAGCCCCUCUCCUCCCCAGAACUCCCCUGGCCGGAGGAGUAAUGUGGAACACACGAGUCACACACUCCCACCUCCUGAGAACAAGCAUGCGGUGGGAGGCCACAGGCACAGCGCUCCUGAGAAGCUCCUCUCGGCCCAGCUCCGCCUCAUGGAGAUGUCUAACGGUCGAGCCGAGAGCACCCCGUCUGCCUGCGGUCAGUGGCCCAAAUCUCCGCCCCGGUCCACAGAGAAGCCAGAGAGCCCAGAUGCCAGCGAGGCCUCCCCAGGGAGGUGGGGCGGGAGUAGGUGCUCCACCCCUGGGUCGGUGGCUGCCUUGGAGGCAGAGGAGCCCCAGGUGCAGACAGACAACCCAGGGCCCAUCCCCACCCUGUCCCAUGUCCCUCGAUCCUGGGGCCGCUCGGUCAGCGUGCCUGGGGACCCUCCGACAGUUCACCCACCCUCUGGCACUGCUCCCGACCCCACGGCCCUCCCGGGGGUGUUUGGGGGCCUCAGCGGGGCGGCCAGCAUGGACACCCUGCUGGAGGAGGCGCGAGGGGGAGGAGAGGAGGCCCCAAAGCCACUGCCCAAGCCCGGCUCCACCCGCCAGCACCGCUCCUCUAAGUCGCGGCGGCGCAGCGAACGAUUCGCCACAAACCUGCGCAACGAGAUCCAGCGUAAGAAGGCCCAGCUGCAGAGGAGCACGGGCGGCAGCAGCCUGCUUCACAACGACGACACCCUGGAGGAAGAAGAAGGGGGCGAGGCUGUUCCAGAAGCCCAAAUCCGCCUCGCUUCUCCUUCCCAGUCUUCCCAAACCCUCAGCUACAGGGCCCCAUCCCCCAAUGCCCCUGGCCCUCUCAACAGGCUGGUCUCAAACUCAACGCCCCAGCUCCACCCGUCCACCCCAGCAGUCCACUCAAGGAGGGACCAGGACAACGCACGGGGUCCUGAGGGCUGUGAUCCGAGCAGGGGCCAGGCUGAUGAGGAGCCAGGCCCCACAGGGAAAGCCAGACGCUGGCGCUGGACUCCGGAGCACAAGCUGCAGCUGGAGGUAGAGUUGGAAAAGCGGAGUCUGAGGGUGGGAGCAGGGUCCUCAGCGACGCUGGCUCAGCCAGGCAGGCCCUCUGCGACCGUGUCACGCUUCUCCAGACUGGAUGAGUGCGACAUACUUCCUUUCGCUGACCGCAGGAAGUUCUUUGAGGAGACCAGCAGGAGUAUGUCUGUGUCAAACCUCCCGGGCCUGAUGAGCCGCCGCCAGAGGCCAGAGAGGCAUGGGAAACAUCCUGGCCCUGCUCAUACGCAAACGGCCACGUUAGAGCCAGGGCGCAGGAGGUACUCCUACCAGGGGUGCGCUCGACAGGAUGUUACCGCCCGCAGCCCUGUGGAGCCCAGGAGGCCGAGCGUGAGCAGUGCUGUCCAGGGGAGGGGGGACCCCGAGCCACAGAAGCGGCCCUCAACAGACUCGCACAGUGGAGCCCCCAACCGCUCCCAGUAUCCCUAUGAGCGGCAUGUUGACCAUGUCCCCCUCUCUGCUUUUCACCCCGUCGCUCCGGUAACUGUCCCUGCCCCCCAGGAGAGCCAGCAUUCACGCCUGGGACGCGAGCAGAGGAGCCGCACCCCAACCGAUGCAUAUCCUGUGAGGGAGAGGGAACAAACAAAACUCAACAGGAAGUUCAGUCUGACUGAGAGGGACUAUACAUGGUGCAGAAGAGACCUCCAGACAGUAGAGGGCGCUGCGCAGCAGGGAUGUCGAAUGGGCAAUUUAAUGCUGUCUACAUGUAGUGUAGAGGAGCCUCCUGCAACGCAGUAUCCCCAGCGUGGACGGGCCUUGUCGGAGAGUGACAUCCGCCUGGACUCUCAGCGGCUGUGCACACGUGUCGCAGCGUUUACAGCCCCUGCACUGAGCGAGCUGGAGGAGACUGCCAGCACGCCACGAAAAAAGGCUCCCCCUCGGCCGCCACCUCCAAAUUGGGAGCAGUUCCACCGCAGAAGGGCGUCACACCACAACCUCCUCUCCUUAUCUUACCAGAACCUCCUUUCCUCUGCUACUCCCUCCCCACCCAAGGACGUCCCCGCCCCUCAGCACCCUGAGGGCUCCUCGCACCACCUCUAUGUCGCUGAACUGACCCGCCCCCGCUCCCACAGCCUGCCCCCAAGGCAAGAGCCCCCGAGGCUGGAGCCCGAGAGCCUCCCAGAGCGCAGCCCCGCCUUCCUGCACAGAGGCUUCAGACCUGUGGCCCCGCCCCUACAAGAAUAUGACCUGCCACACCAACACCAUGCUCCUCCCACAGCUCCCCCGUCUGAGCCCUACAGAAUACUGACUGACCCAGAUGCUGCCCCUGCGCAAGGCAGACCGGCUGUGCUGAAGCCCGCCCCCCUGACAAAACGAGGCGCUGCGGAGUGGGAGACCCAGAACCCCGCAAAUGGUGCCCAACAUAGCUCUGCGGCCCCCUCAGCGGACAGCAGCUCCCACAUGGGGGCACUCUUGCCACGGUCGUACUUCUCCGUUAGCUACAAGCAGCAGCAGGAGCUGUACCGUAAGGACCCAGAGCAGCGGACAGCAUUUGAGGUGACCAACGGGCCAUUUGAGACGGACAUCGACGAAUUCCGGGACGGAGCAGUGGAGGAGCCCAUGGGGACAGAAACGCAGUGUUUCGCCCGGCCCGUGACGGUCCUGGAGACGGAUAUAGACACCCUCCCCGAGGUGGAGGCCGCUCCCGCAGCCAUGACCAGAACCCCUCGAGGCUCCUUGGUGGACCCUCUCCUGGUGGAGAAUUCUGGGUCCAGGGCAAGGGCUGACCUUAUGGAAGAGCUCUUUCCCCACAGCGCAGAGGGAGAGGCGGGUGGGGAGACGUGGAGGGGUGGCCACAAUGUCUUAGAGCUCACUGUCGACACUCUGGAGCGGCGCUCCAGACAGGGGUCCUCUAGGACACAAGGCCAAGGGUCCUACUGUAACAGCACUGCUACGAAGGCUCAGCUGCUGAACAAGAUAAAGGAACUUCCAGGGAUGAACUCCAGAGAUGACGAUGAGGAGCUUUGCUACAAGCGGCAGCUGAUGGAGAGCCUGCGGAAGAAGCUGGGCGUGCUGCGGGAGGCCCAGCGGGGCCUGCAGGAGGACAUCAGGGCCAACGCCCAGCUGGGAGAAGAGGUGGAAACCCUGGUCUUGGCUGUCUGCAAGCCCAACGAGGUGGACAAGUUCCGCAUGUUCAUCGGAGACCUGGACAAGGUUGUGAGCCUGCUGCUGUCCCUGUCGGGCAGGCUACUGCGUGUGGAGAGCGCCCUGGAGUGCCUUGGCGAUGAGUCGGCCCAUCACGAGCGGCUCCCCCUGCUGGAGAAGAAGAAGUUGCUGCAGGGCCAGCUGGGCGAGGCUCAGGAGCUGAAGGAGCAUGUGGACCGGCGUGAGCAGGCCGUCUGCAGGGUGCUGGGCCGCUGCCUGACCCCCGAACAGCUGCGCGAUUACAGUCAUUACGUCAAGAUGAAGGCUGCCCUGCUGGUGGAGCAGCGCCAACUGGAGGAUAAGAUCCGCCUGGGAGAGGAGCAGCUGCGGGCGCUGCACGAGAGCCUGGGGCUGGGUAUGGGGGUGCCCGCAGGCCUGGGCUACGGCCACUACUGACCGCUGCAGGGGCCAGGGACAGGGCCCCACCAAGGGGAACCCGCACCGGCCAACUUCCUCUCAGUCAAGGACAGUUUUGGUCAGGAUGUCAGAGAAGGGAGCCAAUUACAAAGCAAUAGUGACACAGACAUCCGUGUUAGAGCGUACGUAACUGCCAGGGAAUUUCCCUUCUCUUCCAAAUGCAGACUUUGGGUGUUGCCUCGUGUCUCUGUGGCCCUUUGUUGGUGAUGUUACUCCUGAGGUGAAUUAGCCCUCGCCUCCCCUUCUGAAUUUUGGUGCCUUAUUGGUUGUAUGAAGUUUGCAGCAUUGCACCUCAGAGUGGUGAGUCUCUCGCUAGCCAAUGGUAACCUCAAAAUUGCACACUGCAUCCUAUAGCCAAAGUAUUUUGUUGUGCGUAGACUGAAGAAGUGUCCGUCUCGGCACUGCUAUUUAUUUAUUUAUUUAUCCGUAAGGAGGGGCCAGGUGUAGUUCAGGUGUCAUUCUCCUGAUGUUCCUCCUGCGUUUCUUUAAGCUGGAGACAGAAGCUUGUCCCAGUUUCUACCAAGGAAAUGCCUGUUUCAGCUCAUGCUGCUUCUCUGGGACUUCCUAAAGCAUCAACAGUCACACUGCCAUCUUCCAGAGUGUACCAAGCCCACCCCAAUGUUCAGAGGCCCUUAAGAGACUUGCCAGAGGUAACUCAGGCAAAGCCAUCCACAGCCUAACAGUUCCAGACUGCACCAUCUCUACAGUCUGUGCUUACCUUUAGAGUAAUUGGUCAAGGAGGGCUUAUAUAGCUGAAAUGAAUGCAGAAGCACAUGCAUAGAAAUGGACAAAAGUAACAGUGGCAUGCAGCUAAGAACAGACCUUAUUGCAGUUGUAUUAAAUAGAGGCUGCAAAAAAUGAAUAUAGGUGUCCUUACAAUGAGAUGAAGAAUUUGAAACUGGAAUUGGUGCUUGCUCUCAGUGCUUCAGGAUGUGGCUAAGCCUCCCACCUGCAUCCAUGGUGCUGCACUUUGCCAAAUUCAUGCCACAACUCGAAUACUCAUACACUGCAGUAUUUAUUUGGAGCACGUUUAUAGUUUGGGGAAGGAUACCGUUGUGCCGCAACAACUUGGCAAAGGUCAAACACUCGCUUAAAAAGAAAGUAGUUUGAAACAGAAAUCCAAUUCAUGGUGCUGGUCAAUGCUCAGGAUGUUAUGGCCCAUCUUGACAGGAGAGAAAUGUGGAGUGAAGUAGAAGUAGAAUCUGCGGUCUUGCCAAAAAGCACCUACCUACAAUAUACAGUGCAGUUUCUUCCAGUCCAAUGCUACACAAAUAAAUCUGCCAUCCAAAUCUGCCAUGAGUCAUAUUUAUAGUCUUAUGACUCUGGGACAGCAUUGCUCUUAAAGUUGCCAAAGAUUUAUUUUUUAAUAAACCCAAAAUCAGAAGUUGUCAUUGUAACUUUGCCUGAAAAAAUGCUUUGUGGACCCUGGCUAGCCUACUAGUUUUCACAGGCAUGACCAGCGGCCUAUUGUAAGGCCUUGAGAACAAAUACAUGUUGGAGAUGAGAAGUACUGAAUUUCAUGUAAAUAUAAUGUUAAAAAAUGUGUGGCACCAUAAUUUUCAGAAAGCAAGACUGACAAUUUCUGUGAUGCCAUGUAUAAAUUAGCGGCUUGCACACAUACACUGUUUCUCGUUGGUCUGUAGCUCCCCAUCCUUCCUGUUCUAGGCGUCAGUGAGAGUGUCUCUCCAUGCGCGGUACAACCAUUCGUUCCAUUGUGCUGCAUAUUGUGGGAAAGCCGCUAGUUGUCAUUAACCAAUGGGAGAGAAACUGGACAUGCCUCAAGACAAGAAAAGAAAAAAAAGCUGCUUUGGAUUUUUUAUUUUUUUAUUUUUUUGGAGGGGGGGGGGGGAUUUACUGCCUUUAGUUGUUUUGCAUAUUUGCAGCAGAGGUGUUGUUCUGGCAUGUAUUUUUGUCUUUUGAUCGUUCAGUUUCUUAUGCCAGAAUAGAAGGAAGUGUUUAAAUGUUUUAUUGGAAUUAUGCAAUGUAGUACAUAUCCCUUUGUUGAUUGUGUACUGUGUGUAUAUGCCUGUUUUUAAUGUUAUGCUCAGUUCUACAUUCCAUAAACACAAUCCAACUGGAAAGAACUUGUCAGUCAAGAAUGGGACUGACACAUACAGUAUGUGGAAUGUGCUUUUAUUAUAUUUGUAAUGCAUUUCUUGAUUCAUUGCAGAACAACUUUUGUAUGUUUGACAAGUACCAUUAAUAAUAAUACUAUUUUAAUCUAAA